AUGGCCUCUCUGGACCUGCCCUACCGCUGUCCUCGCUGCGGGGAGCACAAGCGCUUCCGAAGCCUGUCGUCCUUACGGGCCCACCUGGAGUACAACCACACGUACGAGACCCUCUACGUCCUCUCCAAGUCCAACAGCGUGUGCGACGCCGCUGCUCUGCUGCCCCUAGUGGCCGAGGGAGCCCUCCUCGCCCCUGCCAACAAUAACGACCCCUUUGAGCCACUGAGGCCUUCUGCCCUAAAGGAGCGGCGCUUCCCUUGCCGUGAACUUCCUUGUGUGGACGACCUGAGUUUGACCCCUGCUAACUCCAACACCGCAGCUCGGUACAUUCCCAAUGUGGAGUUUCCCCUGGGGGAGAUUUUCAUGAAGACAGCCAUGACAUCCACGGACUCGGGUCCCCAUGGAAACCCCAACACAGCUGUAGCAGUGGCUGCUAAUGUAGCAGCUAGCGCAGUGGAGGCGGCCUAUGAGGAGGGGCUGGCCAGGCUGAAGGCACGAGCGUUUGAGCGGCUGGAGCUGGAUGAGAGGCUGGAGAAGUUGUCUGAGGAGGUGGAGCAGAAAAUAGCCGCCCGUGUCGGCCGGCUUCAGUCCGAGCUGGAGAGGAAGAGCUCCGAGCUGGAGCGGGCCAAGCUAGAGAGCGAGCGGCUGAGCCAGGAGAAACAAGACCUGGAGGACAAGGCCUCGGAGCUGUCUCGCCAGGUGGACGUGUCGGUGGAAAUGCUCGCUAACCUCAAACAGGAUCUGGUGAACAAGGAGGCGGAGCUCAACCACAAACAGCAGGAGGUGGCCCAGAUUGACCAGUUCCUCCAGGAGACGGCGGCGCGGGAAGCCAACGCCAAGGUGCGUCUGCAGCAGUUCAUCGAGGAGCUGCUGGACCGCGCCGACCGCGCCGAGAAGCAGCUGCAGAUCAUCAGCAGCUGCGGCACAACGCCGAACGGGAGCCUGGGACGCUGCAGCCUCCAGGCCACCAAGGGCAAUGGACGCCAGAGAAACUCCAGUCUCUCUGGAAGCACAAGGGGCAUGUACCAGGUGUCCGACCGGCGUUCGUCCCCCAGCACAGGAGCAUCAGGGCGGAUCAAGUCGGUGUCGCAGGGAUCGGGGGGUUAUGACAGUGACAGCGUCGAGAUGCAUCCCAUGGAGGACUGUCCCGAGGCUCAGUACUAUCACACGCAGUGCCGGCUGGGCGAGGCCUACGAGCGCUCCCCUGGAUGCGGCUCCAGGAGCUGGGGUCUCCGUAAACAGGCGAUCCAGAACUGGCAGCGGCGACCUUACAGGAACAGCACGGAGGGCGAGGAGGGAGACGUGUCGGACGUGGGCUCCCGGACGACCGAGUCUGAGAUGGAGAUGUGGGAGCAGGACAGGAGAGCCGUGGCUGAGGUGCAGCAGUCCGCCGCGCCCUAUCCCCACCACUGCAGGACCGGAUACCGCCCUAACAUAGGUCGGUCAGAGGGACUCUACGGCAAACCGUGCCGUUAUGAAAAGAGCCCGUCCAGAUCCAACGAGGUGAUCAGCCCGGAGAUCCUGAAGAUGCGUGCCGCCCUCUUCUGCAUCUUCACCUACCUGGACACCAAAACCCUCCUGAGAGCCGCGGAGGUCUGCCGGGACUGGAAGUUCGUGGCUCGCCAUCCGGCCGUGUGGACCAGAGUGCUGCUGGAGAACGCUCGCAUUUCUUCCAAGUUUCUGAGCACCGUGUCUCAGUGGUGCACUCAGACGCACUCCCUCAUCCUGCAAAACCUCAAACCGCGACAGCGAGGCAAGAAGGAGACCAAGGAGGACUACCUGAAAAGCACACGUGGCUGUCUGGAGGAGGGUCUGGAGGCGCUGCUAAAGGCCACAGGAAGCAACCUGCUGAUCCUGAAGAUUUCCCACUGCCCCAACCUGCUGACGGAUCGCUCCCUGUGGCUGGCCAGCUGCUACUGCCGAGCUCUGCAGGCUGUCACCUACAGGAGUGCCACAGACCCGGUUGGUCAGGAGGUGAUCUGGGCCCUCGGAGCAGGUUGUAGAGACAUCAUCUCCCUACAGGUGGCGCCACUACACCCAUGCCAACAACCGGCUCGUUUCAGUAACCGAUGUCUGCAGACCAUCGGAAGAUGUUGGCCACACCUCCGGGCUCUCGGUGUGGGUGGGGCCGGAUGUGGCAUUCAGGGUUUGGCCUCACUGGCGAGGAACUGCAUGCGUCUGCAGGUGCUGGAGCUGGACCACGUGAGUGAGAUCAACCAGGAGGUGUCAGCAGAGGUUUGCAGAGAAGGCCUGAAGGGUCUGGAGAUGCUGGUGCUCACCUCCACACCGGUCACCCCGAAAGCCCUGCUCCACUUCAACAGUGUUUGCCGCAACCUGAAGUCCAUCGUGGUGCAGAUCGGUAUCGAAGACUACUUUGAGGACCCCAACAGUCCUGAAGCCAGAAAACUGUUUGAUGAGAUGGUGAACAAGCUGCAGGCUCUGAAGAAGAGACCUGGCUUCUCCAAAAUCCUCCAUGUAAAAGCAGACAGUCUCUGCUAACGUCUUGUGAUAAGACUCUUCUUCGUCCUGGUGAGGCGCCAUCUUGGCUCCAGUCAGUCAGAAAGACCCAGCUGUUUUGAGGCCACUGUGUGGGGCUGAAUGUGUCCGCGGCACCGACAGAAAUGGACCAGAACCGAGGCUCAAUGUAAAAACUUGACACAGAAACAUUUAAUUUUCCAGUUGUGGGAAUCGACGUCUCCCUAAAUGUUGGUUAGGACAGAAAGAAGGUCGGGAAGCGUAUUUGGAUAUUUAACAUAUGAGAUAAAAGGCCUCGCACUCGAAUAACAACAACACAAGAUCCCCGUUUCUCAGUCGAGUUUUUGCGUUCACCAUAAAACCGGAUCACGUUGUCGCACAAAGCCCAGACCCCAAUUUUUUGAAAAACCGCCUGGAGCUGGUUAACAGUGCUGUAUUUAACCGUCUGCAUCCACAUAGCGCUUGGUGUAAAAUAAAACCAGAGACAACCUUCACCUCAUUAUACAGCAAACACACUCGCCACAGAGAGGAGCAACAAAUGGCAGGUUUAAGCAAUUCAUUUUCUCCAAAGGUCUUUAAUGAUUGGAGUCUCGCAACAGGGGCUCCAUGGUUUGUGUGCCCGUGGACGAGUGGAUGUUGAAACACACCAGGAAUCGAAUAUGUGGUUUCCAUCCCAGUUUUUCACUACACAACUGUUCGUAGAAACCCGACGAUGCUUCCUGCUUCCACCCAGAACAGAAACGUGCCGCACCAGCUCCAGGCACAGCGGCGGACGGCCUCAACCGUGACACACAGACCUUCUAUACAGUCUCAAAACCUCUGCAUGGCAAUGAUGCAUUUUGCCUCUUCUACCAAUCCUCUGCUUCCUCGCGGGAACAGGAUCAUGUCACAAACCUGGACUCUGCGACUUUUCCUUUUAUUAAAUCACUAUAGAGUCUGUGAUCUGAGAGGACGAGAUGCAGCGUCCGAUGUUUCUCUUCAAUAAGCCGCGGGAAACGGUCCAUAAUGCAUUUCUCUCAAAAACCAGUGCCAUUCGGAACAAUGUCUGUCUUCAGUCCCAGUGAGCGUCUUCUCCAAUGUGCCAUUAAUGAGGGAAGAAGAAGAAGAAGAAGAAGAAGAAGAAGAAGAAGAAGGAGGAUAAGUGCAAGCAGCUCUCUCUGCGUGUUGAGUUUCCUGUGAACAUGGUCUCCAAGUGUUGUUGUUGUUGUGUUUAUAUAUCAUGAAGGUUUCAUACUUAUCAUACUGGAUUGUGCCAUUCCUCGUCACAGGGUUAUCAUGUAUUUAUUCAUCAGCUGACACCCUCUGGCUCCCUCUUCUGGUGCUGCCAGGCAGCUACAGAGCUGGCUGCCAGCUGGUGUGAUGUGACACGUGUUCCCUUGCCAGAUUUUGAACAAGUAUCAUCUUUGGUAUUUUUGGAGAUCUACAAGUCUCCAAUAUUAUCUCCGAGGUCGCAGUUUGGUUCAGUGUGCAUCGCAGGAAUUCACAACAAGUAUGAGUAGCAAUACUUUACAGUGGUGAAACAGAGUGUGCACGCCUCUGUGGUAAUUUAAAGGGGUGCUCAAGUUGUGAGGGUUACAACUCAGCCUGUCAUAAAGCUGUAUACAAGAAUAAUUGAAUCAAGAUAAUCUAAAAUCAGUCUCUGAGUUGAGAUAACUGUUGUCUAAUGGUGAAUUAGCCUCUGGGGGCAACGGCCAGUAAUUGGGGGCUUCUCUUGUGAACACAAACCUUUUGAGGUGUUUUGGGUGCAGACGACAUCUCCGUCUCUAAAAAAACAGUUACAAUGCAGAUAAGUGAAAAAGCAGAUAGCCGAUGUAUCUUGGACUCCACAUGCAGUGUUCAGCUGCGGGCAACCCAAGCCUGCUCAAAUGAGAUUGGUUCAACUAGAAAUGGAAACCAGAGGGCUUCUGUCCCCCAAGACCCGUCCGUAGCCUUUAGAUUCUACAGUGUCACACGUGCAGAAUCUGUUUAUAGAGAUUAUCUAAGAGGGGAGAUUAUCAAUUUACACAAAUUAUAAAUUUACUCGCAAACAGAUGCGGAUGUUUACAAGGCAGAGAUGGUCAAAUGAGGAAAGAGAUAUAUAGGGAAGUGUUUUUGGAGCUUUGCCUUCUGCUGCAUUUAUCUCUCUCUCUCUCUCUCUCUCUCUCUCUCUCUCUCUCUCUCUCUCUCUCUCUGUCUCUCUCUCUGUCUCUCUGUCUCUCAAUGAAAGUGCAAUACUAAAUCAGGGGGGAAAUCAUGCUCUCAGUUUUGAAACCAGUUUGCAAACCAGUCACACAUCCCAUCUCUUACCUUGCCACACAUUAACAACUUGUUAUUUUUACUGCCUGGUCCGUCUCUGCAACAGAUCUUAACAUUCAUGGGAGGAGUGUGUGAGCGAGGUGACAGUUCCCAUGAAUACUGAGCAGGGGUUUGUCUCGCGGGCUCUCUGACGAGGAGAAGCCGCUAGCUGCUGCCUUUCUGUCUCUACUUCAGAGUCCACAGGGUUUCUGGGGACUUGUUUAGCUGCAUAUUGUAGUGAUGAUGUUCAAGGUCAACGUGUGAGAACAGUCGGGGGACGUCCAUUUCUUCACGUUCUUCCAGUAAACUGCAUAUUAAUAUUAUUCUCCUACACUGGUUCUGAUUAUCUGCUCGGUUCCGUUGAGGUGUUUCUGGGGAAAGGUGUCCAAACCGACCCACAAGGGAUGAGACAAAAAGCACUUGUUGAUUUUGAGUUUUAGACAAUCCUGCCUUCGCUAUCAGCUACUCUGUACAUAAUGUUUGUAAAGAAAAGAGAAGAAAAUCACCAAAAACAAGAAAAAAAAAAGGACCAACAUUUGAUGUUAUAUAAUAUAUAGGUCAUAAAUAUGAGUGGAAAACGUUGACUUUUACAGGUCUUCAUUCUGUAAGCAUUUUCUCUCCAAAGUCGAAUGAAAGCAGCAUAGAGAAUUAUAUUAUGUAUAACAGUAGUGUUGAAAUUGAAGUUGUGUAUUAGAUACUUUAUAUAAAAAUUGUGCAUCAGAGUCAUAUACAGAUGGGAAUUAUUUAAGAAGAGGAUUAAGAUGAUAAUUCCGCUAUUUAUUUCUAUAUAGAGAGCGAUGUGUAUAAUGUUGGCAUGUUUGUGUUCGAGCAUCAAUCAUUAAGUUGCCUUCUUAACUGUUCUGCUACUGUGGCAAGGAAAUUAUUCGAUGUUUAAAGAGCUUUGAUUGCCUGCAGGUUAAUAACGUUUCUGUUUAUUUGAUCCAGUCUGUUGUUGCACUAGUGAGAAAAAAAAAGAAGAUAUUUCAGAUGUUUAUUAUAAGAGUGUUGUUUUUAAUGUUUAGCUAUUUCUCAGUAUUUGACAAAAUAUGAUGCACUUUUUUCCUGAGCGCUUUUAUCCGAAUAUUUUUUUUUCCUGUGAGGGCCGGAUGCCCGGUGGCAUCUUCUGGUGUAGAAUGAAAAAGUAACUGUUCACUUACAGGCUGGGGAAGAUUUGGGAAACCCAGAGACGAUGUGUGAACUUUAGUCUCCCUCUUUUCUCUCACGCCAUCAUCUCUCAUGUCUCUAUCUGUUGGGAAGUUACACAGAUUGAAUCUGAUUCAACUACAUGCAAGUGCUUUGGAGGAAUAUGCCAAAAGGACCUUAUCAUCACCUUUGUGUUUAUUUCAUACCGACACUACAUGAACCCGUUUGUGAAAAUGGACCUGCUGACGAUGUUGCAGAGCCGGGAAUCACUCCUCUGGCUCUCGUCAUGAUAUUCUGCCGCUCCAAAUGUCCACCCGACUCAUUUCUGAUUUAAUUUAUUGAUUCAGUCUGAAACAUCUAUGUAUUUAAGUAUUUAAUUUGUUCAAAUCAAACUUAGUUGCAAUGACACAAAUUCAUUAUACUGUGCAACUGAGAGACGGUGUCCGAGUGUUUAUGUACCUCUCUGUACAUAAUUUAUGUUUGAAUGAUUGUAUUCAUGCCCGUUCAUCUGAAUAGUAUUUUACACAUUACCUCAACACUUAUCUGGGCAAUUAAGUGUGCAGUUUGUCUUUAUAAGUGUUUAUUUUUGUCGACCAUCACCAGGUCUGCCAAUGGAUCCAUGAACUUCGUCCUUGUUGCUGAAAAACAAACGUUCCCAAAAGAUAAUCAGCCUUCUACGAUGACUGCAAUAGAUGGAAAUGUUUUACGGCUCAUUUUCACCCAUUUGUUGUCAUCAAUAAAAAUUGCUUUAAAUUGUA